AUGUCCACAUUUGCUCCGUCUGUUGAAAAUUUUCCAAAUUGUAAAUCACUAAUUGAAUAUGUACGAGCACUUUGUGCUUCUAAUGGUUAUAGCAUAUCUAUUGCAAGGUCAAAGAAACACAAGGUAUAUUUGGGUUGUGACAGAGCAGGAAAGUAUAGAAACCGGUUAAACCUUACAAAUGAAACACACCAAAAAAAUACAAGUUCCAGAUUGAUUGAUUGUUCUUUUUCAGUCUGUGGUAUUAAACAAAAAGACAAUUCAUGGACUUUAUCUAUUCGUGAACCAUUAUAUAAUCAUGAUCCAUCAGAGAAUUUAUUAGCACAUCCAUCUUGUCAAAAAUUAAAUGAGCAAGCACAAGAACAAUUAAGUGAAAUGUCAAUAGCUGGAUCUAAUCCUUCAAUUCUGGCAACAUCACGUGAUAUAUAUAAUGUUCGUAAAAAAUUUCGUUUAGAAAACUUGCAAGGUUCUAAUUUAACAUUUUUUGUAUGUUUUAUUUUUCUUAAAGAUGAAAAAGAAGAAGAUUAUGAAUGGGCAUUAGCUCAAGUUUCUAGACUAUUUGAUGGAAUUGAACAACCUAAAGAUACAUGGAUACCAUUAAAAAAACAGUUUGUUGGUGCAUGGAUUAAUGAUUAUCUUCACUUGGGUAAUGUAACAACAUCCCGAAUAGAAAGUUCUCAUGCAGUAUUAAAAAAAUACUUGCAGUUCUCAACUGGUAAUUUACAUACAGUAUAUGAAAAGAUUACAUUGCUAUUAGAACAUCAACAUAAUGAAAUUAAAGCAAUAAUUGCUAAAGAUAAGAUUCGCACUUUUCAUACUCAUAAUAUCCCCUUUUAUGCAAGAGUAAUUAAUAAAGUUUCUUCAUUUUCUUUAAAUAAAGUACAUGAACAGUUUAUUAAAGCUUCGCAUACAACUCUUGAUAAUCCUCUUACAUCUUGUAAAGGAACUUUUAAUGCAUCUAUAGGCCUUCCAUGUGCGCAUAUUAUUCAGGAGCGUCUUGCUGCAAAUCAAUUAUUGAGUCUUGAUGAUUUUCAUAAGCACUGGUGGAUCGAAAAUUAUCAUCAAUUACCUUUACAACCAGAAAAAAAUUCAUUACCGCAACUAAUAGAAGAAUUGAAUUUGAAAUAUAUCUCCUGGCCAGUUUUUCAACAGUUAGUAGCUCAAGAUACACUAUCAAGAUUAAUUGGAGAAUCAUCUACUUCAUUGCUAGAUCCUAUAGUUCAGCGUACUAGAGGGCAGCCAAUAG